CUUCCAGAUACCAGUGAAACUGUAGAUGUUACGUCUUUGAAACUGCCCAACACUUUUUUAUCACCCCCUUGCUUGAAAUUAGCAUGUUUGCCACUAUGAUGCUUAGCAAAUUCAAGCAUCUACCACUCAGUACACGCAUUCCCAUCCUUCUCUUUUUGCUGGGGCUGGCAGUCUUUACUUCUCUGCACUACCUGAACUGUAAGGUAGGUGGCAGCAAUGAUCCAGCGAGCAGGCAGGCAGCUAUGGACUAUCAAGACAAAGACUAUUACCUCACACUUCUCAACGAGCGCGAGGAGCAGCACAAGCAAUAUGUGGCAAGUUUAAAGAAGCAGAUCAGUGAACUGAAACUCGAACUUGCAAGACGGACAGAAAAGAUCAACAAGGGUGCACAACCAGUGAACGAGGUGGUCCAAGUGUUCGAUGACCAUGUGAACGACAAUGAUGACUUGAAUGACUACCUACAGCAACAGAUUGACAAAGCGGAAGUGCGGCAUGGCUUCCGUAUACGUAAUGAGUAUGAGAUCAUACCAUUCAAUAUGUUCACGCCACAGCGAAUCUACCAGCUGGAGAUGGGACUGUACCGUCAUCCUGAGGAAAAGCCGACCAGGAAAGACAAAAAAGAUGAACUUAUUGAAGCAGUAGAAUAUGCACUCGAACUCUUAAAUAGCCAGAAGGCCAAGGACAGCAAACAGUUUAGUGUAAAUGACUUUGUUGAAGGGCUCUAUCGCACAGAGAGAAACACAGGCACCCAGUAUGAGCUUUUCUUCCGAUCAGGGGUAUCAGGACGCAUUCACCGUAUGGAGAUAUUCCGUCCAUUUGGGCCACUGCUACGGGUGAAUUCCGAGGUCUUCGAAACAUCCAAGAGCACCAUCAACAUCAUUCUUCCCCUGGCAGGACGCAUGGAGGCAUUCCGUAUCUUCAUGCAGAACUUCAGGGAAGUGGGGCUGAAGCAUGACCGGAGGGUGUUCCUCACGGUGGUGUACUUCGGACAGGAACACUUGCAGGAAGUAGAGAACACUCUGGAAAGCAUCGCCAGGGAGACAGGCCAGAGAAGUUACUACAAACUCAUUGCACUCAACGAGGAGUUCUCAAGGGGUAAGGGACUGGAAGUCGGAGCCAAGGCCUGGGACAAGGGCAACGUGCUUCUGUUCUUCUGUGACGUGGACAUCUGGUUCACAAUGGACUUCCUGGACCGCUGUCGGUACAGUACAGUGGCAGGGAAGAAGGUGUUCUAUCCCAUCCUCUUCAGUCUGUACAACCCCAGCAUUGUGUAUUCCCAGGAGAGUCGCAUCCCUCCCCUGGAACAGCAGCUGACUGUGAAGAAAGAUACGGGAUUCUGGCGAGACUUUGGUUUCGGUAUGACCUGCCAAUAUCUCUCCGACUUCCUAAACAUCGGAGGGUUUGACCUUGACAUCAAGGGGUGGGGAGGGGAGGACGUCAGCCUGUACCGCAAGUACGUGACCAGCGACUUGGUGGUGAUCCGAGUCCCUGUGAAAGGACUGUUUCAUCUGUACCAUGAGAAAACGUGUGACGUGACUCUGUCUGAGGACCAGUAUAGGAUGUGUAUCCAGUCCAAGGCAGUUGGGGAGGCAUCACAUGCCCAGCUGGGGAUGCUGGCAUUCAAAGAAGAGGUGCAAGCUCACAAAGCCAGCAGAAAACACUAGACAACUCCAAUUUCUACAGCAUACAGUAUCAAUAUAUCCAUUUGAUGAAAGCUGUAGAGAUUACAGGAAAAGUUAGUCUACAAAGACAGAUCCAAGUGCCUCGAAAUUGUAUAGCAUUAUGAUAACGUUUUUCUUGUAGUUAAAAUGAGCAGCAUGUUCAUCGUUACUGAAUUGUGUAGACAAUAUACAUGAACAUAUAUAGACUGGAUGGAUUGUUACUAUUAGGUACUUAGCAUUGGUGGAUAAAAAGCUACUUAACUUUCUGUCCGAUCUUAUCAUGUAUCAUUGUGCUCAUCAAAGGCCUUUAGCCCGAGCUAAUUUCACUGUACUUAGUUCAAUCUUACAUGGAAGUAUACAUGUAUAUAUUUUUUUCUUAAAAAUUGGCCCAUAUGUAUCAUGAAAUCAGGGCAAAUAUAUAUAGGAGUAUUUGUUAUUUCAUUCUGUUUGUACUAUUAGUCAGAUAUGUUUUAUACCCUAGCUGGCAGCAGUUAUGGAAUUGGCUUUUGUAUCAGCCUGGACUUGCAGCAGCGUCACCUAGCAGCUGGAACUAUAUUGCAGAUGGGGACCACCUCA